CGCGCCCCCCCCCCGCGCAUCUCGCUUGCGGGGGGCCGGGCCCGCGGGCGGCCGCCGCGUCACGCACCCAUGGACUGCCCGGCCAUCAUCACCCAGGUGACCAACCCCAAGGAGGAUGAGGGCCGGGCGCCGGGAGCCUCCGAGAAAGCCUCUCAGUGCAGCGUCAGCCUGAAGAAGCAGAGGAGUCGCAGUAUCCUCAGCUCCUUCUUCUGUUGCUUCCGUGACUACAAUGUGGAGGCCCCGCCGGUCAGCAGCCCGGGCGUGCUUCCGCCGCUGGUGGAGGAGAACGGCGGGCUUCAGAAGCCACCAGCUAAAUACCUCCUUCCAGAGGUGACGGUGCUUGACUAUGGAAAGAAAUGUGUGGUCAUCGAUUUAGAUGAGACGUUGGUGCACAGUUCAUUUAAGCCUAUUAGUAAUGCUGACUUUAUUGUCCCUGUUGAAAUUGAUGGAGCAAUACAUCAGGUCUACGUGCUCAAGCGGCCACACGUGGACGAGUUCCUCCAGAGGAUGGGGCAGCUGUUCGAGUGCGUGCUCUUCACCGCCAGCUUGGCGAAGUAUGCAGACCCUGUGGCUGACCUGCUGGACCGCUGGGGUGUGUUCCGGGCCCGGCUCUUCAGAGAGUCGUGCGUGUUCCACCGAGGGAACUAUGUAAAGGACCUGAGUCGCCUCGGACGGGAGCUGAGCAAAGUUAUCAUCGUGGACAACUCUCCUGCCUCCUACAUCUUCCACCCUGAGAACGCAGUGCCUGUGCAGUCCUGGUUCGAUGACAUGACGGACACGGAGCUGCUGGACCUCAUCCCCUUCUUUGAGGGCCUGAGCCGCGAGGACGACGUGUACAGCACACUGCACAGACUCUGCAGUAGGUAACCCCGGCCUCAGCCGCCAACCCCCGGCACGCUCUGGGGACUUGCCUGGCCCAGCUCCCCAGGAACAGAAGCGGGGACACUGCUCCAGCCUCUGGGUUGAAUGUGGCCAUGCCUGCCUGUUGCUUUUU